UUAAACGUAUGCAAUUUUUCAAUGACACAAACAAAACCUGCGCUGCAGUUUUGAAUAUUUUGAAAUCUUAACUUUAUUUGUUUUAUUUGUUUAAACCAGCCAUAAAAUAAUUCGACGUGCACUAAAAUCAUAUUUUCGAAUUAAAAGUCACAAAUUCUCCUUAGGUUAUGUACUCAAGUGCAUGACUAGCGGAACCUUUUACGGUGACAUUUGAUUCCGACCGUGACACUGAUUUGUUGAACGCGACUACUUCCGGUUACUAAAUCGCUCCGCGGAAAUGAUUGAAGUCACAGCAAAGUAAUCUGCGCAGCAUUCCACUCAUUUAUAUUUCUGCUUAAAACAUUAAACUUUAUUACGUCGUUUGUUGGGUGUAAGUGUGAAACUCAUUUAUGGAGGAGGAACCGACUAUCAUGUGAGCUGGGCAGUUUAUUUACUCUGACAGCGGCAGGUGUGUGUGUGAGUGUGUAUGUUUGUCUGCUGGUAUGCUGACGUUAGCCAGUAAGCUGAAGAGGGAGGAGGGGGUCAGGGCCGGCCGGAACCAUGCAGGAUCCAACGAUGCCUCUCACAGAGUGUCCAUCAGGGACCGACUGCUUAUCAAAGAGGUCGCUGAACUGGAGUCCCACCUUCCAAGCACCUGUAAAGUGACUUUUCCAGAUGAGAAUAAGCUCCAUCACUUCCAGUUGGCCAUUUCCCCAGAUGAAGGCUAUUACCUUGGCGGAAAGUUCCAGUUCGAGAUCGAAGUCCCUGAAGCUUAUAAUAUGGUGCCUCCCAAAGUCAAGUGCUUGACUAGAAUAUGGCACCCAAACAUCGCAGAGACCGGCGAGAUCUGUCUAAGUUUAUUGCGAGAACACUCAAUUGAUGGCACUGGAUGGGCGCCGACGCGUACAUUAAAGGAUGUUGUAUGGGGAUUGAAUUCCCUGUUCACUGAUCUUCUUAACUUCGAUGAUCCACUGAAUAUAGAUGCAGCAGAGCAUCAUCUGCGAGAUAAGGAUGACUUCAGGAACAAAGUUCAGGACUUCAUCAAAAACUAUGCAAGAUAAUGUCUCUGUUUGCCAUGCAGACCCCUCUCAAGUGCAUGCGACUCUGCAGAUGUGCACAGACCCCGUGCAUCCUCACUGCAGAAGAGACUAAAUCUCAAACUUUUAAUGUAUCUUGGGGUAAGAAGAAAACUAUUACGUGUACGAAAUGACAGAUCAGGAUUCUGGGGGACGGAGGGAGGUUGUGGGAUACUCCUGCAGGAUCUUUUCAAUCAAGGUUGCUUUUACAUCCCCCCCACAAAGAGAAAAGAAAGUUGAAAAGACUGGAAAUGAGGAUGUUGAACCUCUCUGAUGUCGCCUCCAAUGCUAGUGCCUCUGUGUUCUUGCCACAUAAAACUGGACGUUUGAUUUAAGCCAAUUUCUGCCGUCUGCUUCGUCCAACUUGACAAACACUGAAAUGUAUUCGUUUGCAAGUGAUGUCAUAGAGAUCCCAAAGUUCAUUGGCUCAUUCAUGCCGGGGGAGGAGCUCAUAGCACUGAUGUCCCGCAGAAUUCGGGCCUCGCCGGUGGAUUUCCGAGCGGAUUCUGUAAAGCCUUUUCUCGUAACUCUGCACCCCCCUCGUGUAAAAACACAGCAGUUAUCAGACUUCUCCGUAUCACAAGUGCGCACGAACAAAAUCGGAUUAUCUGUGGGUGCCUGUGAAUGACUAAUGCAUCUGUUUUAGUUCGGGUCUGUGAGUCGUUUGUGGGUGAAUCGCAUGAAAAUGUGUUCAGGGCAUUUGUUUUAAACUGAAUCAAAAAAGAAUAAUUUGGUAUAUAGAAAAUGAAACUAGUGUGUCUUUUGCAUUGGUGGUAUUUUAAUGACAGUUAAGCGCUCAGCAACUCGGAUGGUCUUUACCGUUGCUUUAUUAGAGUGACAAAAUGCUAUACAUUUAAUUUUUUACCAUCUGUAUACUUUUAAAAGCAGAACUUUUUCCUUAUGUCACAGUGACCUAAAACAUUUUCCCCAUUAUGGUAACAGACGGUGUAAUGUAGCUUAAUUGUCGUGGAAAUAGCACCAUAAUGCAAAAGACCUUCUUUAUGCAAAAUACAAUUUCUGUCCUUUUGAUUUUAGAGUUUACCUGGACGUGUUCUCGACCGGUUUCGUGAGAUUCACCUUUGCUCUUGUAUGCAGUUUCAUCGGUGUAUAAACAUUUAGCUUUAUCCAUGUGUGCAUGUAUACAUGUCGCAGUGUGCUUGUAUUGUGUUUGUGUGAGAGCGAGUGUGUGUGGUAUGAAUAUGUAACUGAUUUGGUAGCAUGCACUGGGCCACUCAACCGCUCAGCCAGAAGCAGGAUUUACUUUAUUUUAUUUUUUCUCUUUAGAGCUGUAUAUCCAUCUGUAAAGUAUAUUAAAAACAAAUUCUACCUA